AUGGAGGACCCUAACAAGCAUUUGAAGGAGUUUCAGUUUGUAGUUGGAAGCAUGAUGCCACCUGAGACAGAUGAGAACAUUUUCAAGCUGAAGACAUUCCCUUUUUCCUUAGCUAAUAGAGCCAAAGAUUGGUUAUAUGAACUUCCAGAUGGACAUGUCACUUCUUGGGACGCCAUGAUGAAGGCAUUUCUUGAGAAAUUCUUUCCUGCUUCAAGAGUUAUUACUAUGAGGAAGAAGAUUACUGGGAUUCAACAGGCUGAAGAUGAGUCAUAUCCUGCGUACUACGAAAGGUUCAAAUCCCUUUUGGCGCAAUGUCCCCAACACAAGUUCAAGGAUGAAAGCCUCUUGCAAUACUUUUAUGAGGGUUUGCUCCCUCUUGAGCGCCAAAUGUUAGAUGCGGCUAGUGGAGGUACUUUUGUGGACAAGACUCCAGCUCAAGGGAAGGCGUUGAUUGCUAAUAGGGCUGCCAAUGCUCAACAAUAUGAGGGCAUUAGGACUACAACUCGUCAAGUGAAGGAAGUGACAAUCAAUUCGGAUCUCAAUGCUAGGUUGGAUAAACUUACUUCUCUUAUGUCACAAGUGUUAACGCCAAAAGUUUAUGGAGUAGCUCAAGUUUGUGGGGUAUGCUCUACUCAAGGGCACAUGACUGAUCAAUGUCCCCAAUUGAUAGAAAAUGGUGGAUGGGAAAGUGUGAACUACUUAGGGUUUCAGAACCAGAAUCAAGGGCAAGCUCGUCCAAGGAAUGACCCUUUCUCCAACACCUACAACCCAGGUUGGAGGGAUCACCCUAACUUUAGGUGGAGGGAUAAUGAUAAUGUUGCUAAUCAGAACACCUACAACAAAGGACCUCAGGGAGCAUUCUGUCAGAGACCUCAAGCUCAAGGAACGUCCCCUAAUUAUGACAAGAUCAUUGAGAAGCUUAAUUCCUCAACUCAAGCUUUGAUUCAAGGGCAACAAAACCAUGAAAAUGAUAUAGCAGAUCUCAAGAAGCAAAUGGGACAAGUGGUGGACUUUAUGACCAAGUUCCACGAACAAGGGAAGCUUCCAAGCAACACAAUUCCAAAUCCAAAGGGAGGCUUUGAGGGUACCAACACUUCAAGAGCAAAAGGAAGGCCAUGUCUAGGCUGA